AAAUUGUUAUCUGAUUGUAUACAUAUCUCAGUAUUUAUAUAAAACUUCAUUGACCGGUGUAUAUGUCGAAUCUAAUCAUGCAAUUGGUCAAAUGUGGUCCAUGUUUAUUGCUGCGUUUUCUUUUUAAUGUGAUUAUUUUAAAUCCCAUGCAGUAUUUUGCAAGCAAUGUGUCAUUCAUCCUUGUCUGUUGGGUCUGUAUGGCUGAACGCAGCAGUGACAUCACAGAUUGGGGCGUCAGGAUAAACUAUUCUCUCAUCCCAGGGUGCAAUGUACGGACAUCUUUAUCCAGCAUUAAACUAAAUAAAUAAGCGAAAAAAAGUUAUUUAAAGGCUAGAUUCUAAAGUACAUUAUGUGACUUUACUAUAAGGUUUGUGUGUGUGUGUAUGUAUAUAUAUAUAUAUAUAUAUAUAAACAUGUAUGUGCUGCUAUUAACUGGGAGGCUCUGGGUGUGCAGACGCGCUGCUUUGAGGAAUGAAGAACAAAACUUAUCAGUGUUUGAAUUAUGUUGAGCCAGAUGUGGUGGAGUGAUCCAAAGCAACUGGACAUUCAGUUCAGUUACUAUUGAUAUCAAAUAAACGGGAUGAUUGAGAAUGUCGUGUACUUUACAGUAUAUGCAAUACAAUUAUAUUUUUCCAUUGGGAACAUGUCUCAGCCAAGUCGAUGAUGGCUAUAAUUACAGAAACCGUUAACAGUGGGUGUCAGGAGAGAGUAGUUCAGAGAGAAUGAGCUCACAAAACCAGAUUUCAGAGACAUGUUGUGUUUGAGGUUACACUUGAGUCAGUAUCUGAUCUGCAACAUUUUCUCCCUCAUAAAAAGGCAGUGAAACUCCGUUUAAUGUAACACUACAAAGCCAAAGGUUACAUUUCAGUGGUCUCGGUUGGGAAAAUAUGCAGUUAGAUAGGAGUGUGGACAAUUUGAGCAAGCUGUCCCUUUAAGAGGAUGAGCUGGCACUGCCUUUUUUAAGAAAAAGAUUUUUUUAAAUGUUAUUUAUUUUGCCAGAAUGCAUUUACUAAAAGGGAAUUUCACCGGUUUCUAUAGCUGUCCCCAAGCAGCAUGAAUUGAACUCACUGUGUAAUUUAGUGUAGUAUCAUGACAGGCCUCAAAUCAUUUUAAAAAAAGGUAGAUAUUACAAUAAAAGUCCAUAAAAAAGGAAAAGCAACCUGCUUCAAUUUCAAAAACAAUAAAACAUAAGAAUGAGGGUAUAAUCUAUUUAUUUAAAUAUUCCAGCAAUAAACAUGUGAUACUAUUGCCAAGUAAUAGACUACAUAACAAGCCAGACGUGGAUUAGUAAUAAUACACUACAAAUGUACAUAUUUAAGACCUAGAAAGAAGAAAAGACAAUAUUUUACAUAUUAACAGGAGCCUACCACCAAUGAAAAACAUUGAAUAAGCAUACCCAUCGAUAAAAAAGAAACACGAUAGGAGGAUACCUGAUUUGAUUCAGCGAACAAUCCGUCAAAAUAAAAGGCUGAGAAAAGAAGGGCAGAAAAGGGAAGGGCAGAGCAGUUUGCCUGACUGCCUGCUAUAUUAACUCCAUAAAAAAAGCCAUAAAACCGUACUCAUGUGCCCCAAUAUGUUCUACAACACGGUACAGUGCUACAAGCUGUGAACAAUACCCGUAUAAUAAUUUUAAAAAGUGCUUGUUUGAAUUACAAGGUGAAACUGGUAGACCAUAGAAAAUGAAUAUCGUUGCAUAUAAAAGGAUGUUAAAGUGUCCUGUAGAUGUAGGCUACAAAAUAUCCACACGUAUACAGCCCCCUUUCAUCAAUUUUUCGUCGUGCAGAGACAUCUGUCCCGCAGAAGAGAGGCCAAUCCUCUGUGUGGAAUAUUCCAGUCUGUCAGCGGCGCGCAAAGCUGAAUGGCGAACCCACAGGAGGAAUUUUUUUUUUUACAAAGGCCUAUAAAUAACCUCAUUGGCGGAUUUGAAAGUAAAAUGUUCCUCUUUGUUACAUACAUAAAACCUUCUUCACAUUUUGUCCCCGUUGCAGUGGGGGAGGGGAUCUAGAAAGCAGGUUAGGACAGAGCAGAGCGCUGUGUGCAGCCUCGUGACCUGCAAAUGGAGGAAUGCGCGCACUUGGCAGUCGGAGCGAACAAGAAAAACAGGCCUCACACACACCAACGACAAAUGUGUGUGUUUGCUUAAGCACCAGGUUACACGAACACACGCACACAAACACGCACACUAAAAAAGGGAGUGCGUAAUAGGCACCGUACAGUGGCCCACCUUAAAACUCCCUUCUUUUCAACUCCUUCACCGAAACAAAACGAUAAAAUCGCAUCGUUUUAGUUUGCAUUUUCUCAUCUGCAGCACUUCAAACAAUCGAUGCAAGAGAUCCCGCCAGACUUUUCUUUUCCUUUUUUGCUCUCGAGCUAAAGAACACGCGCUGAAGCCCGAAAGCACCCCCCGUGUUAUUUCCCCCCAGAUACAGAACAACAGCGCUGCUGCAGAAGACUCCCGAUGACCUUAUAUAGCAGUGUGGGGGUGCAACACGCGCGAGCUCUCAUGGCAACCGUCCAGAGCUCUCGGAUUACUGCCGUUGCCAGGGCGAGUCCGUGACCAGCAGCCCCAACACGCCACUGUGUUAACGUGUCCUUCCCUUCCCUUCGCGUACUGGCGGCACCUUUUUUCUUCUUUUUUCCUUUCUUACUUCUUGUUAAACACACACCAAUUCGAGUAAAAUCUCCCCUUCCCGCCUGCGUCGGUCAGUGUUAAGACUUCCUGUUGUCGCACCGUGAAAUGUCCUCGGAGCGAGGCGCUCGCGCCGACUGAGCGAGCCUCUCCCAGUUAUGGCGCAGCAGCGUUUUACAGCACAGUGCUCUCCUUUGUCUGCAAAGAAGCCAUUUUGAGACAAGAACAGCAGAGCAAGCACAGCCAGUGUAGCCUACCUACCUAUCACCAAAGGGUCUCUUUGGAUAAAGGGAAGCAGUGACAUGUACGGGAUUUCUCCCCAUAAGAGUCCUUUCCUCGUUUAAGACUUGGAUUACAUGUUUUGAAUGGAAACUGUAAGUUUACAAUAUCAAACAAAAAUACGAGUUAUGGAUAAAUAUUACAAACGCCAAUGCAGUUGUAGCCUACUGAAAACGUUUUAACCACACGUAUUUAAUGUUCAUGUCUGUCCUGCAGUAUAUAAUAACAUAUAACUUGAACAUUUACGCACAAACGGGCAAAUGAAGUGAAAUAGCUCAAAAUCCAUUACCUUUCAAAACAACAUUUCCUUGGUUUUUAUAUGAUGUAGCUGAGUUAGAAAUAUCGAAAUUGAAGAGGUUAUAGCCUACUUGACGGCACUCCUGUCUUCAAGGAGAGAGAGGAGAUGGUUUGCAUAUUGCCCACACAGCUAUGAUGCUUGAAGAAGCAUAUUCGCUGGCUGCGAGGCAAUGCCUAUUGAUCCAAAAAGUUUUCAAAAGAGCUUUCUAUCUUUCGUGCUAAUGGAUUCCUUCCUUUUCAGGAGAUGCUAUCCAACUCCUUAUUAAUGCCAUUAUUAGAGGAUCCGAAGAUGGAGCUGAAAACAUUCCUUCUGCCCGGGCGUUUAGGCCCGUUAACGGCAUUUCACCAAAGUGCUGAGGUAAAUAUUUUCACCAUAAGAGUUUUCCCUCUGUUUCCUCUGAAGUUUUUUUUUAUCCGUUGUAGAAAGUGUUAAAGGCUACUACAUGGUCGUCUACCGACAUUUAACUAUGCCCUUGCAGCAAGGUCAAGCCGACGAUUACACUUCGGACGCAUUUGAUCCGUUAAUGGCAAAUGGACGACACAAACGUAAUCGUUCUUUAAAUUGUCUCCACAGUUGUAUGAGGGGUAAUCUACAACACACAAGCCACCACGGGUAUUAAGCAUAGCUGUUGUGAGAGGAAAGUGUUUAAGACAUUAAUCAAAGAAAAUGGGUUAUCAAUCAACAGUCAAAAUUACAGGAAGCACAAUAAACUAUUUUACAAAAGGUCAUUCGUUAUUCAUGGCCUGCUUUGUCAUUUAAGGAGCAGUGUCAUAAUCUGGACUGUAGGAUGUAAAUUUACAUGUCUGCAUGCAGUGAGCAUAUUUAAUAUAGUAGUCUAUUACAAAUGCAAACAUUUCUGUGAUCAAAUAAGCUCAAUAGAUAGUGACAUAAAAACAUGUUUAAUAACAGUAACUGCAUGCCUCACAUUUUACAUUAUCAAAUAAGCAAAACAAUUGAAAAGGAUUAUAAAAGAGUUGAACUUACUCAUUGUUACUCAUAUCCUACAAAGGCCAUAUUUGCAAUGCCAACAAUCACACAUUACUUUAAACUGUUGUUUUCCUAAUUUAACAUCUGCAAGAUCACACAACUGUUUAUUCACAACAUUUGGUUUCUUUUCACAUAAGCAAUAUAAAUACUAUUAUAUGGGUGUGCCAUGACCUAUAGUUAAGACAAAGAUGGAUUCCAGGCAAAGGAAAAAAGGCUCAAGAUGUCACAGGGUAUUUACAUCCAGUACAUUCUCUUCCUUCUUCUCAAUCCUUUAAAAGGAGGAAUCAUAGUUUUAUAAUAGUCCGUGAGAGACGAGGAAAUCAAGUGUAAGAUCCCCUUUGGAACAAAGGAAACCCAUAUAGGCCAUUGAGUCCUGUUUCAGGAAAUGGCUGCCGAGAGCGCUCGGCCCCCUCUCGCUGCUCUCUGUUGAAGGACUCCUGAGCCGUGCCUCUAAUAGCAGACGACUCCUCUGCUGCUGCGCUCUGAUUGGUCCGCUGAGCUGCCGCUGUUAACCAGCCAAUUGCCCGAGCACUGCAAAACACCAGGCAAUGUCAAAGCAAAAAAAUAAAACAUUUUCAUCGACAAUAUGCUGUUCAUAAAUAUAUAUAUAUAUAUAUUUUAAUUAGACAUCCAUACGGGGUUAAUAUUGUAUAAUUAAAAACUCCGCUUUUUUAAAGCGAGGGGCCAACACACCGGAGUGGCACUAUAGUUGUUGGUCUGGACCAGACUAACUGACAGCGAACAAACAGCCGCAUUCCGACGGUUAUAAACAUUCACCUGGCUGUUAGAUUUCAAUAAUCUGGUAGUAAUGUUACAUUAGCAUAGUCCUCUGGCUCCUGAGCAGCGGUGUCCCCAUUUUAUUGUUUACGUUUUAAAAAGCAGCCCGACAUGUAUGAAUUAGUGAACGACAAGUCAGUACAACAACACCCCGCGACAAAAGCAUUAUUAUUAGCCUUAAGGGGCAGUUAGGAAGAUAUUGCCCCUGUGUCUAUCUUGUGUUUGCCAUUUGGGUAAAUGCAGACGACAGAUUCCACACACAAAAAUAUUUAGAGAUUUAACGACGCCGGGCUGUGACCACGUCCAUGCUAAUGAAAUAUAUACAUACGAACAUUAUCGUUUGAGUCGUUUAAAGCAUUACAAUCGCAUUAAAGGUUAAAGUAUAAUUAAAUGAGCGCCAGAAAUAUAAAUGAGUUUAUAGCGAAAGUGCGGCUAGCGUCGGCGGUGGGCAAGCCUAGCGGUGUAUUGUGGAAGAGACAGAAGCGACAGACCAGAGGCACACAAUAUGUGUUGGCUCUCGCCGAAAAGGAGGCAGUAUUCUUCAAGCUAAAUCAUGUAAUGUAAGCGGCGAAAGGAAAGCGAUUUCGUCUUUUCGUCAAUUAAAGAAUAAUCCAUCGAUUGGACGAACCAUGUCCAAGCCAGGGGAGAAAAACAGAUUGAACGAAGACCAUGGCAGAAAGCAGAGUUCAAGUUUGGCGAACGGCAUGGACAGUCAUCCCGUCUGCGGCUCGGCGGCGGAGAAGCGGAGUCACUGGAGAAGUUACAAGUUGAUUAUUGACCCGGCGCUGAAGAAGGGACAGCACAAACUCUACCGCUACGAUGGACAGACUUUCAACAUGCCCAACCCCGGGAUACCACCGGUGGACAUCGUCCGAGACCCGAGGAUCGGUCGCCUCUGGACUAAGUACAAAGAGACGGACCUACCGGUGCCGACAUUUAAGAUCGAUGAGUGUUACAUCGGCCCGGUGCCCCCGAAGGAGGUGACGUUCGCGCGGCUCAACGACAACAUUCGGGAAGGAUUUCUUACCGACAUGUGCAAAAAAUUUGGAGAACUCGAGCACGUGGAGAUCUUGUACAAUCCGAAGAACAAAAAGCACCUGGGGGUCGCCAAAGUAGUUUUUGAGAACGUGAAGGCCGCCAAAGCGGCGGUGCAGUCGCUCCACAAGACAUCUGUUAUGGGAAACUUCAUCCACGUGGAGCUGGACCCGAAAGGUGAGAAUCGCCUGAGAUACUUCCAGCUCCUGAUGAAUGGCAGCUACACUCCUCUGACCUUGCCUGUCGGGGGAGAGGAGACCCGGGAAGUUUCCCCUCGUAGCCUGGCAGAGGCCCUACUGGCCUGCGAGCCCAUCCGCAGGUUGUCGGAGAGCAGCGUGUCGGCCGUUUGUGGAGCAUUGCCCCCGAGCAGCUCCACCACUCCGGUGUCCCUGGAGACGGGCUACUCCAGCUUAAGGCAGGACACGCCCCAGUCCCAGGGAACCCCUCAUACCCCGCGCCAGUCGGGUACGCCCUUCUCGCAAGAGUCCAAUUUCUCCAGCCGGCAGUCCACCCCGGUGUACCCGUCCAGCCGGGCCGAGAGCUCCGGGAGUUACAAGUCUCGCCGACACGAGAGCAAGUUCCAGGAUGCGUACAACCGCCGGCCGGAGAGGCCUCAGUACCGCAGCAACAUGUACAGGAGUACGACGUCUGAGCCGGCUCCCUUCAAACAGAACCAACUCACCCCACCUGAACCUCCACCCUCCACCCCCUCCUUCACCUACACACCGCCUCUCCCUGCGACGCCCAACUUCAAGUCGGCCUUCUCGCCCUACCAGGCGCCUUUGCCCCCCGCGUUCCCCCCUUCGGAGCCUGCUUUCCAUAACGCAGCCCAAAGGGAGGGGGAGUACCUCCGACCACCGGAGCCGCCCCUGGCAGCUGCCACUGACUUUUUGCCCGUCAAGGAGAGACCAGAAACUCCUCCGAUCCCGGAGCCCCCGCCCGAGCCCAUGCCCGUGCCCCAUCCGACCACCCCUCCUCCUCAGACGCCAGAGCACUGCCCCUCACCCGGCUCCCCCACACUUGAUCUGGAGCGCAAUAGCCUGGAUUCCCGCAUCGAGAUGCUCCUCAAGGAGAAAAAGACAAAACUGCUGCCGUUCCUGGAGGAGCGAGACUCCGACACGGAGGUGCGUAUGGAGGGAAGUCCCAUCUCCUCCUCGUCCUCGCAGCUAUCCCCAAUCCCCCCUUUCACGAGCGGCUCCCAAGGGGGCCAGCAAAACUCCCGUCCCUCGAGCACAGGCCUGGAGGAUAUCAGUCCGACCCCAUUGCCAGAAUCGGAAGAUGAAGAUCCAACUCCCGGAACCGCCGUCCUGAUCAAGAGAAUCAGUUCUCCGGUCCAGGAGACGACGAGCAACAGUGACCUCAAAGACGGACAUCCUCGAGGCCACACUCCCACUGAAACAGUUGAAAUGGCUCAUCAGUCGUCGGGUGAAGACAUGGAGAUUUCCGACGAUGAGAUGCCCGGGACGCCAAACAGCGGCGAAGACUGUGGCAAGGGCAUCGUCAUGAACUCCGCCGUGUCCCCGAUGCAGACCAUUUCCAUCCCUCCCCCCGGCUUCCCGCACCAGGUCGGCUAUCAGAUCUCACAUCACCACUUGGCCGGUCACUCUGCCGUGCCGGGACACGCUCACCUGGCCGGUCAUCCUGGAGUGCCUCACCAUAUGCUGCCACACAUGAACCCCUACUCUCACGGCAUGAUGCAGCAGAUGGAGCUGAUGAACUGCAUGCGGUGGGAACAGUGGAGCACGGUUCCCAUGUCCUUCCAGAUGCAGCAGCAGAUGCUGAGUCGCAUGGCUCAGACCAGAGGUCCCUAUCAAUAUCCACAUUUUAUGGAGAGCGCUGCGGCGGCGCCCUACGGGGCUCCCUACCAGCCUGUGACCGUGGCAGCUACACCUGCUGCCGGCGCAGCAGCAGCACCCGAACAGCAAUGGCAGCAUCCCAGUAUACCAAAGUUCAACCCGACUGUUCCUCCUCCUGGAUAUGAGACGAAAAAGGAGGAUCCGCACAAGGCCACCGUUGACGGUGUCCUGCUGGUCAUUGUCAAGGAGCUGAAGGCCAUCAUGAAGAGGGACCUUAACCGCAAAAUGGUGGAGGUGGUGGCGUUCAGAGCCUUCGACGACUGGUGGGAAAAGAAGGAACUCUCAGCAAAGGUGUCUCUGACUCCAGUGAAGGGGGCCGAGGGGAAGGAAGACGAGAGACCCAAACCCAAAGAGACGAUGGGUUCAAGGCUGCUGGAGAACUGGAACAAGGGCGAGGGCCUGGGCUACGAGGGGAUCGGCCUGGGAAUCAGUUUACGAGGGGCCAUCCGCCUGCCCUCCUUCAAGGUGAAAAGGAAGGAGCCGCCCGAGGCUGCAGCGGCAGGCGACAACAAACGAGCGCGGCCCUCCACGCCGGCGGACGACGAGCUGGAGGACGAAGACCGGGAUCGAGACCCGGCGGAGCUCCCGCUGGACGACUCCAAAAUGGACACCGACAGUGCGUCGGGGAAGCGACGGCACUCGCGGCCGCUUGAACUGGACAGCGAGGGAGAGGAGGAGGUGGACACCUCAGGGAAGGAAGAGGAGUCGUUGUCCGACAGGGAGGAGGAGCCUGAUGAAACUCUGGCUUCUGAUAGGCUGUCAUCAGGAAAAGAGAGUGCCGAUGAAGACUCAUCCAGUGAGAGCGCCUCCUCCGAUUCAUCCGAUGAAGAAGGGGAGAACUCCGCUUCCUCCAAAGCCAGCUCCGACUCCUCAGCCGAAAGCGCCGACUCCUCCGAGUACGAGUUGAGCUCGGAAGAGGAGGCGGACGAGGAGGAGGAGGAGGAGGAGGAGGCGGCGGUACAAGAUCUGGAGGCUGAGGGCAAAGCAGCAGUGACCUCGUCGUCCUCGUCGUCUUCAUCAAUGUCCUCUUCGGAUGAAGACGAAAGGAAGGCAAAGACCAAGGCCCCGCGCCCUCCUUCGGGGGCGGGGCCAGAGGACACGGAGGAGCACGGGAGGAGAGAGGAGCUCAGCAUCAAACCCCAAAGCAGACCUCCGAGCCCUGAGGCGGAGGUGACGGAGGACCUGAAGCCUCCAUCCCCCAAAAGCAUCCCAGUCCAAGAGAAAGACGUCCGAGUGGACAGAAACAUUCCCGCAGUGAAGGAGCAUGUAGCAAACCUCCGGCCGCCCACUCCCACGGGCGCCCUGCCCGACAGCGACCAGGAGGCGAAAGGUAAAGCGGAGCCGGAGGAAGUGCCCAGCACCCCCGGGCGGUUAGCCCUCUCCCAAAUCGACGCCAGCACACCCGCCCCCAAAGCGCUCUCUGCAUCUUUAAUGCACCUCCCUCUCCUUCCUCGCCCGGCUGUAGAAGGCCGAUCCCUGCUUCAUCCACCCCUUGGUCCCCUGCCUGAGCUCCCUCAGCGGGCCAGGCUCUCCACGGACGAGGACAUCCCCCGCACGCCGGGCAGGGACCUGAUGGAGCGCAGCCGGAGUCUGGGCAAGUCCCAGAGCACGGACUCCGUGCCCGUCACGCCUGGGAGCGAUGCCCCGCUGACCGGUAGCAGCCUGUUGCUGAUCUCCCCUCACAUCCCCGCGAGCCCCUUUUCCUACCCGGCACAAUCCCCUGUCCUCAGUGCCGGAGUCCCCCGCACUCCAGGAAGAGACUUAACCUUCACCCCUGUCUUCCCUGACCCCACAGCACUGGCUUUUAAUAGGAAAAUAUCCACUGAGAGCCUGGAUGAGAGGCCUGUUUUCAAGGAGCCGCCCACCAGCACUCUGCCCGGCCAGGCCCCGUCAGCCGGAGCAGAGCCUUCGCUCAGUGGCCCCGAAGAUCUGCCCGCCGGUCUCACCGUCGCCGUCCCCGCGCCGUCGGAAACGGCCGCGUCGAAGAGGAAACCGGGUCGGCCCAAAGGCAGAAAGCCUCCGGCUGCAGCCGAUGAGUCUUUGGAUCUCUCGUCCGACUCGGCGCUGCCUCGCGACGCGCGACUCGGCGAUCUGACCACGCGAACCAUCUCCGCCAUCUCCGCCAAGAACCCUCACCACCCGAGUCUGGACUUCCGGGAAGGAGCGCUGAAGGCCCGGACGGUCCUGCCGGACGACGACGGCUUCCUGUCCUACGAAGAGGAGGCGCCCGUGAUCGCCAAGCCGACCCGGAGGGCACGGCGAGGCUGGGAGGAGCUGCUGCUGGGCAGCCUGUCCCCCGUCAGCUCGCCACACCGGCCCUACUUUAAUCCACGCUCUGAGUUUGAGGAGAUGACCAUCCUGUACGACAUCUGGAACGAAGGCAUCGACGACGAGGACAUGCGGCUUCUGCAGAUCACGUACGACAAGAUGCUGCAGCAGGACAACGGCAACGACUGGCUCAACGACACGCUGUGGGUCAACCAUCCUUCGACUAACAUCCCGAGAGUGAAGAAAAAGAGACGAGACGACGGCAUGAGGGACCACGUGACGGGCUGCGCGCGAAGCGAGGGGUACUACAAGAUCGACAAGAAGGACAAGAUCAAGUACCUGCAGAGCACCAAGCUGCAGUCGGACGAGCCGCCGUUCGACACGCAGGGGAUGAGUAUUCCAGCGCAGGUCCACGCCUCCACCAGAGCCGGGUCGGAGCGGCGGUCGGAGCAGAGGCGGCUGUUGUCCUCGUUCGCGUGCGACAGCGACCUGCUGAAGUUCAACCAGCUGAAGUUCCGGAAGAAGAGGAUCCGGUUCUGCAAGUCGCACAUCCACGACUGGGGUCUGUUCGCCAUGGAGCCCAUCGCCGCGGAUGAGAUGGUGAUCGAGUACGUGGGACAGAACAUCAGACAGGUGAUUGCGGACAUGCGGGAGAAGCGCUACGAGGAGGAGGGCAUCGGCAGCAGCUACAUGUUCCGCGUGGACCACGACACGAUCAUCGACGCGACCAAGUGUGGCAACUUCGCCCGGUUCAUCAACCACAGCUGCAACCCCAACUGUUAUGCAAAGGUCAUCACAGUGGAGUCUCAGAAGAAGAUUGUGAUCUACUCCAGGCAGCCCAUUAACGUCAACGAGGAGAUCACGUACGACUACAAGUUCCCCAUCGAGGACGAGAAGAUCCCCUGUUUGUGUGGGGCGGAGAACUGUAGGGGAACGCUGAAUUAAGGUUCCAACGUCGAGGGUCCGACCUUCUCCAGGUGAGAGAAGUGCUGUUCUGCAAAAUUAUUUAAUUCAAGUUUUCAAGACCGGCCCACGGCGAGGAACCGACGAGGGAAGGUCAUUUUGCUUUUUGAUCGAGGAGAAGACCGCCGCAAGUCGUCCGUACGGCCCUCUGCACACAUUAAACUCUAGAUUGUUUACGAUUUAUGGUGCUCUUGAAAUUUAAAAAAACGCAUCGUUUUUUUUGUUUUUUGACGCCUGCCAGUGACCCAGAAGUUACUCAAACUCUUGACUUGCUGGUGCAGCGUCUCGUCCUCUCAGCCCGGACAGUAUUUCAGCUCCUUUCACAUCCUCUCCUGGUUUGUACAGUUUUACACUUCUUUUUAAACAAUGUCGAUUGUCUCAUAAGCUUUACGUACACAAGUGGUACAGAAAAACAAACAAACAAACACAUGUACAGCUACUUACCAACGCUGCUGAGAUGCACAAGCCCGCCAGGAAAGCGCCUCUUUGGGAGAAGACGUGGCCGGGCCUCUGAGCCGACGGGGAGGCGGCCAUGCGUUCCCGCUCCUACCUCCUCUGCACCGGUUUCCUCGGACGUGAAUCAAACUGAUGAGAGAAGAAACACAAAUGGUUGACUCCUGCCACAAAAUCUGGAAUAUUUGGAAAUCACGCCUGCUUGCACCAGCCAAUGAUGGAUCACGCUGCCUCCUAUUAGUUUAUGCAAAAAGUUAAAGAUGACGUGCAACACUUGUGUUUCUGAUCGUCCAGUGUUUUCCAGUUUUGUUUCUGUCUCCUUUCUAGUUUCUUCAAAGACACUAUCUGCUGUGUGUGUGUGUGUGUGUGUGUGUGUGUGAGAGUGUGUCCACGCCUGGCGUGUGAGGAUCAGAGAGCACUGCCCCCUGUAGGCCUCAGCGGAGUAUGCCGCCCAGUCGUGCAGAGGGAGAAACAUCAAAUUGAAUCAAUUCCUCUCUGCAUCCGCUGGGCAGCAAAUGAAAACACUUGUUGACGUGUUUCAGCUUCUGAAGAAAUGACGUUUCCUUAUUUUAAGUGCCAUAUGAAUGUGUAACUGUCUUUGUUAAACUUGAGCCGGCGACGGACACGGAAGUCGCACAUGUCGCCGAGGGACGUUAACGUGCAUGUGCAAAGAAUUGCUGCCUAUUUUUGUCACCGCGUGGGUGUCUGGCUGAUGAUGAUGAUGAUGUUUUGGAUUCCUUCAUCUAUCUGGGAUGACCGUCUCUUGUUUGUGUCCUUUUCAACGAAAACACUUAUUACUCGACCAGUGUUCAAAGUUUCCCGCGAAACAUGGAGUGUUAUUGCAACCCGGCAGCCGUCCUGCAGGGGUUGUUCUUUCUUUAUAAUCUCAUUAAGGAAAACAAAAUAGUGAAUGCACUAGAGGCACUUCUGCUUUACCGCCAAUCCAAGACCGAGUCAGUCACUGCUUUUCAUUCAGUCGGAUCGAUUAAGAAGAGUUUCUCUUUUCUUUUCUUUUUUUCACCAGUGAUGUUUAUAUUGUAUAUGAUAACUUGUACGGAUGACCUAAAGCUUUUUUUCCCCUCCCUUUUUUUAUCUUCAUAAGGGUAACACUUUUAAGAUGCAUCUUUCUCUCUCUUCUUCUUUUUUUAAACAAAAGACUGAGUAUUUAAAAGUAUUUUCAGGGAUCUGUAAAAGGAAUCUGAAGGUUUCAAAGGGUUGUUUAUUUGAAGCAAAAGGCCCACUGUGUAAAGGAAACGUCUCCACCUCCAUUUUUGAAAGAUUGUUUCUUGUAGAAACGUCUUCGUUUUCUGCCCAUUUGCUUUGUAAUCCUAAAAUGUGUACAUACAGUAACUGUGAAUACAAUAUGAAAAUAUAUAUAUAUAUUUUUGUUCCCCGAGGAUUUGCUACGUGAACACAGCUCAGAAAUCUUUGUAACAUAUGAGGAGAGCAAUGAGCUGGUAGCAGGAAAUUCAGCUUGUGUCAAGCUUUGUUUUUGUUUUUUAUUUUCUGUUGUAAAUUCUAUGAAAAGUUGUUUGCGGUGUGGAGAAAAAACAAAAAGGUGCAUAAUCGGCAUGGGAAGAGGAUUGAAGCAUCAGCCUGUUUCUCAUGUCUAUUUAUUACACAACAAAUGUAUGAAAAUGGAAAUAAUUGGAAAUAAAGCAAUUUCGCAUACAUCAUUAAA